GGGGCACCUCUCGCAACGCCUCUGCUUCACAACCGAACAUCAUCUCGUCUUUCAAUUUGGUCGGAGAACAAGCUCAUAUCGUGCUUGGGUUUCCAACUCAACAUGCGCAUCCCGCAGAACAAGGAGCAACGGCUCAAGGCCGGCCUGCAUAUGAUUCAGGCGCUCUUCAUUUUCAUCACUGCAUGUCUUACGUUAUCGAUCUACACGACCGAAGGCUCUACCGGCGGUGAGAUCGGGUUUUGCUUCACCAUGUGUUUCCUGUCCGUCCCAGCAUUGAUAUACCAGGUCAUGGUUCCCAUGUGGACUCGAGCAUGGCGCUUCGCAAGCGUAUAUGCCUACGCUAUCAUCGACAUCCUUUUCACCGUGCUGUGGUUCUCCGCAUCAGUGGCAGUGGGCUACUGGAAUUCGCGCAGCAUAUUCUUUUCCAAGGACAAGGACAGCAACAUUCGCGCUUGUACGGGAGGAAGUGCUACCAGAUGUGGCGUCAGCAAGGCUGUGGACGGCUUCAGUCUCAUGAUAGCCUUCUUGUUCUGCUUUACUGCCAUGUUGGCAUAUCGGUCUGUUCGCAACUUUCAGCAGACUGGUCUCCUGCCACAAUCGACGGUCGUCCCGCCGAAAGCCCCUGAUGGCAUGGAUGCCAGGAGCGAUCCCUGGUCAUCGAGGACGGAAGAGGUCGAUUUAGGAUCUAAUGAGCACAACAAGCACGGAGAUAACAACGAUGUUGGAUUGCAGUCUCUCCAUAAUGAGGAGCAUGGGAAUACCGAGGAAGGGCCUAAGCAGAGUCUUCUAUCGAAUACUAACUAGAGAGAUUUAAUAAUAGUUCUCUUCUAAAUCUUGUAAUUACCUUUUAACUAAAUUUAAAAAAGU